AUGUCAGGUGUAUAUAGCCCGCUAACGCGGGAGUUGAGGCGAACCGCUCUCCAGGCGCACGGGCGGCUGCCCUCAGCCUUAGGGGCCCCGGGCUUCCCUGUAGCUGGGCUGCUCCCGCAGCUUCUCCAUCCAGCGCGACUAGUAGCAGCAGCAACAACAGCAGGAGCUGCUGCAACUCAAAAUGCUCCAGCAAAAGCAUCAGCUGCAGCAGCUGCAGCAGCAGCAGCAGCAGGAAACCUUCAAGACAGUCAAAAGAGAUGGAUUCUCGCGCAUCGCUUCAGGGCGGUGUGGGGCACGAAAACAUCUGGAGGGAUCGGAAGCAGGCAGCUGCACACAGCAUACCUGCCACAGCAGCCUGAAGCCUGGCUGCAGCAGCAGCAUAAACCGCUGGAAGAGCACCAACAGCUGCAAGAGCAGCAGCAGCAGCACCAGCAGUGGCACCUACACCAGCAGCAGGCGAAGCGGCCGGGUUUUUUUUCAGUAUGUAUAGUGGGUGCGGGCCCUAGCGGUCUGUACUGCGCAAAGAUGCUGCUGCGCCUGGUGGAGAGCUACAAUCAGAAGCAGAUGCAGCAGCAGCAGCAGCACCAGCAGCAGCAGCACCAGAAGCAACAGCAGCAGCAGCAGCAGCUGUGCCAGAGCCGGCUGCAGCUUGAAAUUGUUGUUAUUGAUGCUCUACCCACUCCUUUGGGUUUGGUUCGCUACGGCGUGGCUGCAGAUAAACCCGAAAUAAAAGUUGUGGGGAGAGAGCUGGAGGCGGUGGCUCUGUCCCCAGGCGUCUCCUUUAGGGGCAACGUCAAGCUGGGCUCUGACGUGGCCCUCGUAGAACUCCGCUCGCUAUUUGAUGCUGUCUUACUCGCCAUUGGGGCAGCAGACGGCGUCGCGCUGCCUCUCCCUGGGGCGUCACUUUGGGGUGUAUGUACAGCUCGCGAUUUGCUGCUGUGGCUUAACGGCUAUCCGGCGCUGCAGGGAUUUGAAGCCCGUUUAGGAAGAGACAGCAGCAACACUGCUGUUGUGGUUGGGGCAGCAACCCCUGAAAACAAAGCCAGCAGCAGCAGCACCACCAGCGGGAACAGCAGCAGCACCAGCAGCAGCAGCAGCACCAGCAGCACCAGCAGCAGAAGGAGAAGCAGCAGGUGGUGGCGGUUCACAUUGCAUGCGCUGCUGCAUGCGCUGCAGCUGCUGAAGGAGUCUUCGUUUUUGACUGUUGUUAACCCAAAAGAAUUAAAAGAAGGCCUCAAUCAGGCCUCUAUGGAGGAGCUCAAAAGCGAAGCGGCGCUCUCUUCUUCUCUUCCAGCAGAUGGCUCGCAAUGCCCGAACAGCAUCGGCGCUGUUCUGCUGCAGCAAAACGAAUUAAAGGGGCCUCCGCAUGCCCAGGUGGCUGUCCCCAAAACGCAGCAGCAGCAGCAGCAGCAACAGCAGCAGCAACAGCAGCAGCACCAGCAAGAGCAGCAGCAGCAGCAGCAGCCUCUAGUCGAGCAGCAGGCGUCUUUGUUGGUGUGGAGUGUAGGGUUUAGAGUCAAUGCACGGGAGCAGCUGUCUAAUGUACCAGGCUCAGCAGCAGCAGCAGCAGCAGCAGCAGCAGCAGCAAAGGGACUAUCAACUGCCGCACUGCCAGUCGAUGCCCGGGGGCUGCUGCUGCACACCAAGGGCCGCGUGCUGCCCCCUCAGCAAGCAGCAGGAGAAGCAACAGCAGCAGAAACAAAGCCAACAGCAGCAGAAACACCAGCAGCAGCAGCAGCGGAAUCAACGGCAGCAGCAGCAGCGGGAGGAGAAGCAAACGCAACAGCAGCAGCAGCAGCAGCACCAGCAGCAGGAAGACUUGGCGGUGUGUAUGUCAGUGGGUGGUUUAAACGGGGCCCCCGGGGGACCCUUGCCGAUGUUCUUGCAGAUGCAGCAGAGACAACAACGCAGAUCCUACAAGACUUCCAACAGCUGCAGCAGCAGCAGCAGCAGCAGCAGGAACAGGAGCAGCAGCAGCAACAGCAGCAGAGAGAAAGGCAGCAGCAACAGCAGAAACACCCGCGACAGAAACCCCUAGAGGAGCAGCAGCAGCAGCAACAACACCCCCAACAGCAGCAGCAGCAACACCCUCAGCAGCAGCAGCAACACCCUCAGCAGCAGCAGCAGCAGCAGCAGCAGCAGCAAUAUGGGGAGGUCGUUCGUCAGCUGGAUGUUUUGCUGCAGCAGCGAGGCGUUGCAUAUUUUUGUCUCUCAGAUUAUUUUAAAAUUAAAGCGGCUGAAGAAAGACUAGGCAAAGAAGAAUCUCGAAGCGCAUGCAAACUUACUUCCAUUCAGGCUAUGCUUAAAUUCAGAAACCCUAAACCCUAA